ACGCAAAACCCUUAAUUGUGACUGCAUAUUUAUAUCAACAACACAUUAGAAACCCUAGUUAGAGACACGGGAAUUGUCUUAGAAAUUAGCUUGAAUUAGAGUCUCUGCUAAAAGAUGGCGACUGCUAAAACCGUGAAGGACGUGUCACCUCAUGAGUUCGUCAAGGCUUACGCUGCCCAUCUUAAGCGAUCCGGCAAGAUAGAGUUGCCACUCUGGACCGAUAUUGUGAAGACGGGUACACUUAAGGAGCUUGCACCUUAUGACCCUGAUUGGUACUAUGUUAGAGCUGCUUCUAUGGCGAGAAAGAUUUACCUGAGGGGAGGCCUUGGUGUUGGUGCUUUUCGUAGGAUUUAUGGUGGGAGCAAGAGGAAUGGAAGUCGUCCACCACAUUUUGGCAAGAGCAGUGGCGCUAUUGCUCGUCACAUACUUCAACAAUUGCAGAACAUGAAUAUUGUUGACAUUGACUCAAAGGGUGGAAGGAGAAUCACUUCAACUGGUCAAAGGGACCUUGACCAAGUGGCUGGUCAUAUUAUAGUUGCCCCUUGAUCAUUUUGUACUCUGCUACAGAAUACCAGUUUAUUUUGGUAGUUCUAGCCUUAUGUCUAGUGUGUUGGAGGGAUGUUAGUGCAGCUUACCAUGUCACAUUUUAUAUUAUUUUCUGUGUGUACCAUUGCCCAAUUUUUGUUAUGAAAAGAAACUAAGUGCUGUUCUUUUA